GCUAUGUAAGGUUCCGCUCCAGGAAGUGACGUUAAUUCUGUCGCUCAGGACAACAACAUGGCAGCCGCGUUGAGGUUAGUCGUGUUCCGCUCUAGUCUGAGACCGGCCACCGGUACAUUCAGUCGCGGCUGUAGUUCUGGCACCGGAACCCCUAAGAACGACCAGUCCAUAGAGCACAGACCAAAGUCGGGCUUCGCUGCCGCCUUCGACCUGCAGUCAGACCUCCGUCGAGAGGCGGUGGGUUCCUCGGCCACGGCGAAGGGCGCCUCCUCCACUGAAGAUGACAGCUUCGCCUCACUUCUGCGCCGCUCCCCUCUGAUCCAGAUGGGACCCUCAAAAGAUAAAGUGGUGUUUGGGAGCGUUAUUCACAUCGUCGGUGACGACCUCUACAUAGACUUCGGCGGGAAGUUCCACUGCGUGUGUCAGCGGCCGGCGAAGGGAGGUGAUAAGCUGCAGCGGGGAAGCAGAGUCAUUGUACGGCUUCAGGACAUGGAGCUCACCAGCCGCUUUCUGGGGGCCGUUACUGACACCACGCUGCUGGAGGCACAGGCGGUUCUGCUGGGCCCGGCGGAGAGCCGAGAAUAAGUCUCGACCAUGCUUUAAAACUGGGACUAUGCUGAAAAAGUGAGAGUCAACAAUAGAAUUAUGACUUUAAAAUGGAAUCGGGACUGACCUAGAGACCGAGCUGGACUCACUGAGGACCAGAACUGAUCAGUCUUUGAUUCAUUAUCACCUGGAUUUAAAAAAAGAAAAUGCCAGUGUUAAUUUGUUUGUCUCACAUGCUUUGUUUGUUUAGGGUGUUCACAGGGAAAAUAGAAAUCUAGAAAAUUAUUAUUAUUAAAAAAUGUCUUUAAAUGCAAAUCAUGCACAUUCAAAGGCCACAGUGUAACUUUGUGAGUGUAACAGCUUCUGAUUUUCACUUUUUUUGUGACACACCAACUCAUGUUUGUUUUUAACAGAAAAAGUAAAAGAAAUUUAAAAUGAUAACA